UGUUCAACAAAUUUCUUUGAAGACAGUCCGCCGGCAAAACUUCAGAAGUUGCAGGUGUGCCAUUGGACCGACCGUCGAACAUUCUACGAAGAAGAAUCGUGAGUAUCGUAAAGUUUUAUUACCGACACAAUACUAUAGGUUUUUAUUCUCCAACCGAAUUAUGUUUCUUUCAUUCGAGAUAUUCCUUUUCGGGGUCGAUCAUUAGUCGCGCGUGCCUACUCAAUCUUGACUAUUAAAGCAUGCCAGGUAAAUAAGAAUAGAUACAUAGAUACGUUGAUCGUUAGAAAAAAAAUCAAUUACAAUGUUUAAAGUAUAUUUCGAAUAUACCUGGAAAUUCUAAAGAUCCUUUUAAAAGGUCUUAUCAUUUUCGAAAAGUUUAAUAUUUAAACAAUUUUAUAAUUUUAAUUUCUGAUAGAUAUAAAUUGAAGAAGAUUUUCUAUAUUCUCUAUGAUAAAAAUAUUUGAUGAUUAUUAAUGUAAAUGAAUAAUGAUAGAUUGAAUAUAUUUUUAAAUUUUAGAUGAUCAAGUGCGAUAGCAAUCAGACUUAAGUAAUUAGAUUAAGUAGAAACUAAAAAAAUUCGAUCAUCAGCAUUCUUACCUUCCAUUUUUCGUGACGAUCAUCUCGUUAGUGAUACACUGAAAUCUAGUCCAUAAUUCUCUGUCCUCUAAUGAAAGAGAUAGGGGUAAGUUCUGAUUGGAGGACAUCGACGUAACGCAGAUAUUUUGCCUGGACAAAGAAUCUCGAUCAUCGUUUGAUUUCUUAUUGGUUUCCUUAGACAUUGCUCGAGCUUGUUCACCAUCCUCUUCUUGUUCUAAUUCAUGUUCAUUUUCGGUAUCUUGUCGCUCCUGUCCUCUCUGUCGAUCUUUUUCUCGACAGGAAGAAUGUACAGGAGACAUACCGAGAUUCGUAUUGCCUGAUUGCAUCUUUCUACUUUUCUUUUUCUCUCUCCCUCUUUUUAAUUUUUCUCGUUGAUCAAUCAAAUCACGUUUCUCCCUCUCCGAAGUCGCUAGUUCAAUUAGAUGAAGUUGACGAAUGUGAUAAACGAUUAGAAAAAGGUCGAUGUGAAAAGAGAUAGAAAGCAGAAAAGCUGGUACAAAGAUACGAAUGAAUGUUCGAGAGAAAAAAAAAAGAAAGAAAGAGAGAGUGAUAGAUAGAUAGAUAGAUAGAAGGAUAGAAAGAAAGAAAGAAAGAAAGAAAGAAAGAAAGAAAGAAAGAAAGAAAGAAAGAAAGAAAAAAAGUAAGAAAAAGAGAGGGAGUGGAGAACGUUGAACGCGGAUGUCGUCGGUCGCACCUAGCAACACCGAUUUCAACUGCUGACCAGCCCUCGUGGCCAGGACUCGUAACACUUGGGCGCGAUAUUUCACACUAUCCGGCGAAGACGAGCCGAAGACUGACGGGCGACACCUCUCAGUUUCUCCUGGACGACCUUUCCUUCUCUAUCUCUUGGCGGUGGCCGGCUCCUAAAAGAAACGGCACCAUCCUCCCUGGCUGACCAACUCCGUUACGGUGCUCCUCAGGUGCUAAUUAAGAGCCAGGAAUUAGAAAGAGCCUGGUCUCUCUCUCUCUCUCUCUCUCUCUUUCUCUCUCUCUCCGUCUCCUUUUUCUCUCUCUUCUUCAUGAUAUUGCCGCAAACAUGGCAGUACGUACCAUGUUCUUUCUGCAUUGGCUGUAAUCCCUACAAACUGCUUGGUACACCGAACGAAACGAUUUCACUGGUCCCCUCUUCGUUCUAGGCCAUUCAAGGACGCUAUUUGUCACCGCCUCUAAUCCUACUCGCAAACCAACCGACGAUCGACUUCAGUUUACGAUCCCAUCAUGGUUGGCUGAUUCAUCGUGUAGUAGACGGAGAGUUCGUCAGUCCGCCCAUCAACUUGACCGAUCGUCAGCUCCUCCUGAAGUUUCUUCGUCAACGGCAGACGAUGUGUGACCCCCUCGUGUGACCUCGCUUCCGGACUUCGCGGUAUCAAUUCGUGAACGAGCAACGAGGUUUCAACCGAUCGUUUUACUUCGUCACUCUUUUCUUAAUUCGUUCUAUCGGUUCUCUUUGACUUCUUCGAGAAAUAUAUACGUGAAGGAUUUUAAAGCAAGAUACAGUGUGAUGUUUCGGUGAUGUAACAAUCUUAUAGAAAGUGUUCUCCAUUAUCAUUCGCAGCACAAUGAGUCACCUUGAACGAAGCAUUAUGGAUGUGUGAUAAAUUAGCAUCGAUCAUUACGAACGAAUGAGAGGAAUUAAAAAAAAAGAAAAAGAAAUAAGAUAUAAAAAAAAAGAAACAAAAAGAAUUACAAAAUGCGAAAAUCAUACGAGACAUGAGAUAGUACUUAAAUAUUUUGUUGUAUAUUUUAACGUUUAAUCCUAUAUUAAUUCACUUUUUAUAUCGAGAUUACAACAAAAAAAUUAUAUAAUAUGAAAAUUAUAAUAUUAUUUAUAUUAGUAUAAUUAUACUAUAUAUUAAGCAUAACUAAUACUUGAAAUGAAAAACUUUAAUACAGUAUACUUCAGUACAAAUAUUUAAGCGUAUUACUAGAAAAUUUUAUAGGAUUAUAGAAAAUUAUAUGGAAAAAUUCGAAUAUCCUACGAUGAUUUUAACUUUUGAACGAAACAUUUAAAUACACGAUUCUGCAUUACAAUGUCUUCAUCGGAUAAUUUUCAAACGACUAAAGUUUUCACAAUAUUCAAAUUUUAAUGGUGUGAUAUUUAAUUCUUUAUAACCCAAUUUUCUUUUUUGUCUCUAUACAAAAAUUAUAUAAUAUGAAAAAAAUUAUAUGUAUAGAAUUAUAUUAUAAUAAGUAUAACUUAUAUUUAACAUGAAUAACUUCCGAUAUGAAAUAACAAGUUCGGGACGAUAAAUUGAAAUCAAACCUCAAAAAUACAUGUAUAUAAACGUAUUAUUUUGAAAAUUAUAUGGCGUUAUAGAGGUUUAAGUAGGAAAACUCGAAUAUCCUAUGAUAAUCUUACCUUUUUGAACGAUACAUUCAAAUACAUGACUCUCCAUCGCGAUGCCUUAGUUAGUUGACUUUCAAACAGCUAAAUUCUUCGCAAAAUGCUAAUUUCAAUGGUAUUAUAGUAAAUGUUUAACAAUAGUCGAUGUGUAUCAGAUGCGUUUGAGGUACUUGUAAUAAUCACCAAGCUAACAUAGGAAUGAAGGUAUUCUUUGCUUGGUUGUCGGGAGAAGCACAUUCGUUGUUUGAAACAAUUGAACAAUUUUUUUCAGCGUAACGAUGCGCCAACUUUCUUUUUUUUUCACUUUCGUUUCUUUCUUUAUUUGUAUCGUAAAUAUAUGGUCCACGCAGAAGAUCAUGUCAUAGAGUCAAAAAGGUACGAUCAGGCUCACUGAUUUUAAUUUGACCUAAUCGAUAUUUCAACGAACGUUUUUACGAACUCGGACAAAUGUCCUGUGAUUGCUGUACUUGUGACAAGUUUGGCCUAGAUUAUUAUGGUGUAUUGUCAUUGACCAAAAAUUCUAAUGACCUCGACAUAAAAAAAGCGUUCAGGCGAUUGGCAAUAAGUCAUCACCCGAAAAGUGAAGGGAAUAAUGCUUGUUUUGAAACAUUUAACUUGAUAGCUGAAGCAUAUGAUGUACUUUCGAAUCCACUGAAAAGGGCUGUAUACGAUCAGUAUGGUGAGGAAGGUUUAAAACGUGGAGUUCCGGGUCCUAAUGGAUUUAUCGAACCUUACGUUUAUCAUGGAGAACCGAUGAGAACUUAUAGAGAAUUUUUUGGUACUGAUAAUCCUUAUGGUGAUAUUCUGGAUUAUUUAACACGGCCACAGUUAUUAUUUGAAUUCCCAGAAGGUCGUGGAAUAAAAAAAAAGGAAGAGCCAGUGAUAAAUAGCUUACAGCUUACUUUGCAAGAGGUAUUUUUUGGUGGAACAAAGAAAAUAAAAAUUCAAAGAUAUGUUUUCGUUGAUAAUAAUAAAAUAAAAACGGAACUUAAGGAAGAGAUUUUGACAAUACCUAUAAAACCUGGUAUACCAACGAGAACACAAAUUAUUUACCCAGAAAUGGGUGAUGAGAGUCCAAGCAAAAUAUCGGCGGAUGUGAUUUUUAUUGUCGAGGAUCGACCCCACGAGACAUUUCAAAGGAAAGAUUCCGAUUUGUACAUGAUUGUUGAUGUGUUUCUGCGAGAAGCUCUUACAGGAACUACCAUUACUGUUAAUACCAUCGAUGAUAGAACAUUUCGAGUUCCGAUAACUUCUGUUAUCACACCAGAAUAUUGCAAGAUUAUCGAAGGGGAAGGAUUACCUUUACCAGAAAAUCCAAAAGAGAAGGGAAAUCUUAUAUUAAAUUUCAAUAUCGAAUUUCCAGUUUAUUUGUCGAUUAUUAGUAAAGAUUAUGUCCACAAAGCGUUCGAAUUACCGAUUACUAGCGACGCGAUAGAAAAUACCGAAUAUCUUCAUCGCUAUGGUGUUGAACGUUAUAAAAUGUGGAAUAUGUUAUAA